AUGACGGCUGUUAUGAGCUGGCCUAGUGUUCAUGCCGGCGCUGACCAUAUUCGGCGAGCUCGUAAAUACGGCGCUGCAGCGCAGCACCGGCUGUUCAUGGCAGCACUCCUUCAAGAGCCGGAAGCGACGAGUGAUCCCGAGAGACGGGACACAAAAACGGUCCUUUUGCUUCAGUUUCCAACGAAAAAUAUGACGGUCCGUGAUCCGGCUGGUGCUCAGUUCACGGCAACGUUUGACUUCUGCGAAGAGCUUCAGUAUUCGCACUCGUGGCUGCCCUCGGGUGCUCAGUCGUUCUCCGUUCCGGGCUUUGUCUCGUAUACUCCUCCCUCGUUGGCCUCGCCCCGUCACUCAGCUCCCAACCCAUCUCUUGCGAAAGGGCCGAAUCUCGCGGCGUCGCGACGCGGUCUUUUGGGUCUGCGGAGUCGUAGCGCCGAGCAAGGAGGGCGGACAGAACGCAGUCAAAGGACCCGGCAAGCCGGGGACGGACUCAGCUCUUUACGGAGCACCGCGGGCGCCUGCGGCCCUGGCACGAAGCCACGAAUUGUGUGCACGGGACUUGGCGUGGUCAGCGGAGUGGGUAUCGGUAUCGACGAGUUCUGGAGGAAUCUGAUUGCAGGGACAAACGUCAUUGACAAAGUUACCCGUUUCGAUCCGACCGGGAUGUCAUGUCAAAUUGGCUGCGAGGUGUCCAACGACAAGUUCGACCCUAAAGCAUACUUCACCGAUGCCAAAGAAGUAAAGCGAAAUGACCGCUAUACUCAUUUUGCAGUUGCUGCCGCUCGGUUGGCGAUGGAAGAUGCUGGUUUGUCCCCGAGAGCGCCACACGUAGACGCUGAGCGGUUUGGCAUUGUGGUGGGAAGCGGUAUCGGCGGGCUCGAGACCAUGGAGCAAGAGACACGGGUUCUGCAUGAGAGAGGACCUCGACGCGUGUCGCCUUUUCUCAUCCCCGCUAUGAUUGCCAACACCGCGUCAGGCAUCCUGGCAAUCGAAACCGGCGCCAAGGGACCGAACCAUGGCGCAGUGUCGGCGUGUGCGACAUCCGGGCACGCCGCAGGCGUCGCGCUCCGGUACCUGCAGAUGGGCGAAGCGGACGUCAUGAUAUGCGGUGGGGCUGAGGCGUCCAUAACGCCGCUUAGUUUCGCUGGAUUUAAUGCGCUCAAGGCCAUGGCCCAAGGAUUCAACGACGACCCGAAACGGGCUUCCAGACCGUUCGACAAGAAGCGUGCAGGUUUCGUCAUGGGCGAAGGCGCUGGCAUUAUGGUGCUCGAGACGGAGGAGCAUGCAUUGCGACGCGGGGCACCCAAAAUUUAUGGCGAAGUUGCCGGAUAUGGAGCCACGUGUGACGCCCAUCACAUCACGGCUCCAGCGCCUGACGGCUCUGGUCUCGCCCAGUGUCUUCAGAAGGCGAUCGCAGACGCAGGCAUCGACAAGCGAGACAUUGGCUACAUCAAUGCACACGGCACAUCAACUCCGAUGAACGACCGCAUUGAGACUGCUGCCUUUAAAAAAGUGUUUGGAGACGAGCAGGCCAGGCGUCUCCUGAUAUCAUCAACAAAGAGUAUGACAGGUCACUGCUUAGGCGCGACCGGAGGCAUUGAAGCAUGCGUCUCCGCGAAGGUCUUGGAAACAGGCAUUGUGCCUCCGACCAUCAACCAAGAAGAGGCAGAUCCGGACUGUGACUUGAACUAUGUUCCAAACAAAGCGUACACAUCACCGACGCCCUUUGAGGCUGUUCUCACGGAUACUUUGGGGUUUGGUGGCCACAAUGCGGCAUUGCUUCUCCGCCGGUAUCGGAGUCGCCCGUAG